UAAUUUUUUGUUCUUUUGAGAAAAAAAUACCAUAUGGACUUUGCAUUGGGAAUUCGUUGCUCCGCUUCAUAGUUUUUAGUGUUUUUUAAAAAAAAAAGAAAAAGAAAAAGGUUAAAUCAUGUUGAAAAGUAAUGGAAAGAAGACCGCUAUCUCUGUAGCCAGCACAGCAUGUCUCUGCCUGGUGCUGCUCCUGGUCGCUGUGCAGCAUCAUCACCGGGUUCAGGUGCAUGAGGAGACCAACCGAGAGGACUCCGGGACGCGCUCUCUACUCCAAGAGGAGGAGGAGGGCGACGCACAGCCCGGGAGCGCGCAGGUUAAGAAAGGAUUCUCGGCGUACUUCACCAAGCUGACCCGAGGACGGAGGGAAGUGGAGAAGCCCGUAAGCUCAUCUGCGUCCACCGCUGACCCGCCUCCAGCCGAGGACAUCAGCGCUGAUGACAUCUUCAUCGCUGUGAAGACCACCAAGAAGUUCCACCAGUCCAGGCUGAAUCUGCUCCUGGACACCUGGAUCUCAAGAAACAUGCAACAGACCUACAUCUUCACUGACGGAGAAGACGAGGAGCUAAAAAAGAAAAUCGGGAGUCAUGCAAUCAACACCAACUGUUCCGCAGCUCAUAGCCGACAGGCUCUGUCUUGCAAGAUGGCGGUGGAAUACGAUAAGUUCAUAGAGUCUGGGAAAAAAUGGUUUUGUCACGUUGAUGACGACAACUACGUGAAUGUUCGGACUCUUGUGAAGCAGCUGUCCCAUUAUCCCCACACACAGGACAUGUACAUUGGUAAACCCAGUCUGGACCGGCCCAUAGAGGCCACAGAGAGGCUCGGGGACAAUAAAAUGAAAGCGGUCAACUUCUGGUUUGCUACUGGAGGAGCUGGCUUCUGUGUGAGCCGGGGUCUGGCACUGAAGAUGAGCCCGUGGGCCAGCGGCGGCCACUUCAUGAACACAGCAGAGAAGAUCCGUCUGCCUGACGACUGCACCAUCGGUUACAUCAUUGAGUCGGUUCUGGGGGUUCCUCUGACCCGCAGCAACCUGUUUCACUCCCACCUGGAGAACCUGCAACAAGUGUCAAGAUCUGAGAUUCAUAAGCAGAUCACCCUCAGUUAUGGAAUGUUCGAAAACAAGAGCAACAUCAUCAAUUUGAAAGGAGCUUUUCCAGUGGAGGAGGAUCCAUCAAGGUUCAAGUCUGUGCACUGUCUCCUGUAUCCAGACACUCCAUGGUGUCCUCCCCAGGUUGCCUUUUAGGGCGACUUCUCUUUUCUCAUCCUCGUCCCCGUCGUGCCUCGGUAUCUGAAAGGCUCGUGGGGACCAGUGUUUGGUAUUAGACCGCGCAGCUGCUGUAUUGUUACUACAGUGGUGCGCGGUCUUUAAUAGUUUUACUGGGCUGCUGUGCGGCCCGCCUCUGGACUAUUCCUUCCUGUUCGGAGCCAGGACCUCGCCCCAUACUGCUCGGGUGGAGGAUUCCAGCUCCCGGCAGGAAGUUGCUUUCAGCGUUAAGCUUUGCAGGCAAUCAGUUGAGCUUUGUGAUGUACGUAUAUGUUGCUUGUAAAUGUUUCUGCAAUUCUCAUAGAAUGUAUCGUCAUAUAUUCAAGCCUUUUUGCCAGCUUUACAUUAACAGUUACUUUUUUGUCUUAGCUUUUAAAAAUUGAAAGCCGCACAGGUCUAUCUUUGUAGGCUUUUGGGCUUUUUAUCACAUAUUAAUGGUAAUUCCAGGUAAUUUUGUUUAGAUCGUUUUACUCAGAAGACUCCGGACAAAUGCUCUAAUAUGAAGAUGUUCUUGUGCUUCUAAGUUGACAGUGUUAUUUCUCCCAUAACUUGAGCUGGCAGUAGGCAUAUUUCCAAAUGCAUCCUUAGGUGACCUAAUCUGAGGUAUGUCAGGACAAAGCACUUUUGAUAUUUUAGGUGUUCUCACCUAAUUUACGUCCUAUAAUGACAUGCUUCAGAUUGGUGUCAAAACUAAAAAAAAAAAAAAAUAAGAAAAAGAAAACAACCCUCAAAAUCUCAACAUUUAUUCAUUCUUAUAUAUUUAAUAACACUCCUUGCAUUUGUAACAAUCAGGGGGGAAAAAAUGAAAAGUGGAAGAGAUUUUGAUUUGGGGGAUGCAAUCAGCUUUUGAAAUGCUUUGAAAUAUAUGUUUUAUUUGUUUGAAAUUGCACAGCUUAGGUUCAAAUGAGCUGAUUGUUCGCUCUUGGAAAGACUCUCACCUCCUCAGCCUCAACGGUUCCGACGUUUUUAGCUUGGACAGAUGCCAUUUGAAGUGAGCCCAAAAUAGAAAGAAAAAAGGCAGUCUGAAGCAGUGGUAUCUAAAUAACAACCACAUGUGUAAUCUGAGCCGCAGUCUAUAAUAAUUUGCACAAAAGACUGAUGAGCCUCUCUGUUUUUAUUAACAUGAAUGUUCUGUACUUACACAUAAUAACGGCUGUUGAGGCCUUUGAGGUGAGAAGAUAACAAGAGCAACAUCAGUGUUUCCACAUGGAGGUGUUUGUUCCCUCUGUGUCUUCUCUCACCCAUAUUGGGUUGCACUGUACAUCUUGAUUACAGUAUUGUGUACUGUACCUUUUUGUUUAAAUGAGUAGUGAUUGUAUAUGUUUAGAAUGUAAUUCCCUUGGUGGUUUACAUACGCUUUUAAUGACCUGGACAUGAUUUUGUACUGCUUUGAACUGUGCUAAAUGACUGUGGUGUUUAUUCUCCAGUAUCUGGAGGGUUCGAACAGUUCAUUCCCAAUACUGGCUUCUCAGGGAUUAUGAGCUGAUCCUGGUAUUAACUACCAUGGGACCCACGGUGGGACCUAAAACUUUGAAUAAAAGUGCAUAACCACUGAGAAACUUUACAUAUUUGGUCAUGUCUUUAUUUGACUUUCUUCCAAGUUCACAACUCAUGUUCA